GCCCUCUAAAUUAAACCCCUUCCCAAAGCUUCAUCGUUGCCGUCAUCCACCUCUGCCAACGUAGUCCACUCGUGCGAACGCCUCGAGAGGAAACCCCGACCCCAAUUCCCAGUCCUCAGCCGCUCGAUCCAGUAUCCACGUCCCGCGUCGAUCGCUUCCCUUCCCUUCCCUUCCCUUCGAUCACUCGGGUGAUCUUGGAGCGGCGGCAGUGGCGAUGUCUCUCCAGCCUCAGAGGCCGAUUUGUUGCCCGAGAGCGGUCCCGGAGCACACCCGCUUCCGGAUUAGGCCGGUUCAUGGGCUCUUUUCCCACUCAACGUUAGGGUUUCGAGAAGUUACAAGAAUCGGGACUACCCCUUGCAUGCUGGCAAGUUCAGGCAGGCGCCCGAGAAGGACCUUGACUCCCGGGACCAAAGCGUCGACUCGGAAAGGAUUUGCACCUAGGCCGCAAGUUGGAACGAGCACUCAAAAGAAAGAUCAAAAUGACGCUCAAGAAGAAGAAGUGUCUGGAAGUUCUGGUGCUAAACAACCUGCAAUUUCUAGCAGCGGAACAACUGAUAGAAAAGUUACUGGUGACGCACAGUCUGCUGAAAUUGUUCCAACUUCAAGAAUGUCAAGCAAUCUACUCAAAAGGAGAAUAGAUAUACUGGAGGAAGCGGAGCAACAAGGCCAGGGGAAUGAUGAGACAGAUCAACAAAUUUUCACUGACAUGCCUUCUGAUUCUCCUGACGAUACCGAAACUGAUGGACAAAUAGCUGAUGUUGGGAACGAAGGAGAUGGACUUGCUCUGAGAUAUAAAAAUAUUGUAGUUGAUCAUAGCAACAAAGGAAUUGGAACGGAGACCAUGACUGACCAAUUCAGUGAAGAUGGAAUUGGAAAGGAGAUCACAACUGAACAAUUCAGCAAAGUGGGAGUUGGAAAGGACACUGCGACUGACCAGUUCAAUGAUGUGGGAAUUCGAAAGGAGACCACGACUGAUGAGUUCAGUGAUGCUGGAAUUGAAGAGGAGACCAUGGCUGAUCAGUUCAGUGAAGCGGGAAUUGGAGAGGGGACCAUGGCUGAUCAGUUCGGUGUGGCGGGAAUUGUGGAGGAGACCACGGCUGAUCAGUUCAGUGAAGUGGGAAAACAAAUGAUUUAUGUUAAAAAUCAGAUAGGCAGAAUAACCAUAGCAGAAAUGACAGAAAUAGCUGGUGAAGUGGAGGAAAAACAAGCUGUGGAUGAGAGUAGUUUGGAUAUCAGUGAUGUGGAGGAACUGGCUGAAGUUCAUGAUAGUACAGAAAAUGCCGUGUUAGAUAUGGAGGAAUCACUGCUCAAACUGAAGGCAGAUAUGGAAGCAAAAGCACAAAGGCAGCUAUUGGAGAAUCUUGCUGAUGAAAAUUUUUCAGAAGGGAUUAUAGUAUUUGUUGUUCCACAAGUGGUGAAUCCUGACCAAGUUAUUGAAAUUUUCUUUAACCGAAGCUUAUCAGCUUUAGCAAAUGAACCUGAUGUUUUGAUCAAGGGUGCAUACAAUGGUUGGAGAUGGCAUUUUUUUACUGAAAAGCUGCAGAAAACUGAUCUUAAAGGGGAUUGGUGGUCUUGUCGACUUUCUGUGCCCAAGGAAGCAUAUAAAGUGGAUUUUGUGUUUUUUAAUGGUGCUGAUGCAUAUGAGAAUAAUAAUUCAAAGGAUUUUUCUCUACCUGUAGAAGGUGGUAUGGAUGAAACUGCUUUUGAAGAUCUCUUACUUGAAGAAAAACACAAGGAAAUUGAAAAACUUGCUGCAGAGCAAGCUGAAAAGGAAAGGCAGGCUGACGAACAACGCCGAAAGGAAGCAGAAAAGGCUGCAAGUGAGGCUGACAAAGCGCAAGCAAAGGUCGAGGCAGAGAAACAAAGGCAUCGUUUGCAUCAUUUGAUGAAAUCGACUUCAGAAUCUGCUAGCCAUAUAUGGCAAAUAGAGCCUAAUUUUUUCAAAGGAGGUGAUAGAGUGAGAUUGUAUUAUAACCGAAGUUCCCGUCCACUUGCUCAUGCCACAGAUAUCUGGAUUCAUGGUGGUCAUAACAUCUGGAGUGAAGGACUGUCCAUUAUCGAGAAGCUUUCCCAUUCUGAAAAAAGAGAUGGUGAUUGGUGGUCUGCAGAUGUUGUUGUACCUGAUCGAGCACUGGUUCUGGAUUGGGUUUUUGCUGAUGGUCCACCAGGGAAGGCAGUUAUUUAUGAUAAUAACAACAGGCAAGAUUUCCAUGCUACUGUACCAAAGAGCGUGCCUGGAGAACUGUUCUGGGUCGAGGAAGAACACCGAAUCUACAGAAAGCUUCAGGAAGAGCGAAGAGCAAGAGAAGAGGCUGUUCAUAAGAAGGCUGAGAAAACUGCACGCAUGAAGGCUGAAACAAAGGAAAAGACAAUGAAAAUGUUUUUGCUGUCUCAAAAACACAUAGUCUAUACAGAGCCAAUUGAUGUGCGAGCUGGAAGUGUUAUCACUGUUUUAUAUAAUCCCUCCAAUACAGUUCUAAACGGCAAGCCAGAGGUUUGGUUUAGAUGCUCAUUUAACCGUUGGAGUCACCAUAAUGGCCCCCUACCACCCCAGAAAAUGGUGCCUGCAGAAAAUGCUUCACAUCUCAAAGCAACUGUGAAGGUCCCAAUGGAUGCUUAUAUGAUGGAUUUUGUUUUUUCGGAGAGAGAAGAUGGUGGAAUCUAUGAUAACAGAAAUGGGAUGGACUAUCAUAUUCCUGUCAUUGGAGGAAUUGCAAAGGAACCUCCCAUGCAUAUCGUACAUAUUGCUGUUGAGAUGGCACCUAUAGCAAAGGUCGGUGGCCUUGGUGAUGUUGUUACAAGUCUUUCUCGUGCUGUUCAAGAUUUAGGCCAUACAGUUGAUGUUGUUCUUCCAAAAUAUAAUUGUAUGAAUCUCAGUAAUGUUAAAGACCUCCAUUUCCGUAAUAGCUUUGCUUGGGGUGGAAUGGAAAUAAAUGUUUGGUUCGGACAGGUUGAGGGCCUUCCUGUAUACUUUCUAGAGCCCCAAAAUGGGAUGUUUUCAGUUGGGUGCAUAUAUGGAAGGAAUGAUGAUGGGCAUAGAUUUGGAUUCUUUUGUCAUGCUGCUCUUGAGUUUCUUCUUCAAAGUGGAUUUCAACCGGAUAUUUUGCACUGUCAUGACUGGUCUAGUGCUCCUGUAGCUUGGUUAUUCAAGGAACACUAUGCUCAUUAUGGGCUGAGUAAUGCUCGAGUUAUCUUCACAAUUCAUAAUCUUGAGUUUGGGGUGAACAACAUUGGCAGAGCAAUGGCAUAUGCUGACAAGGCUACAACUGUUUCACAAACAUAUUCAAGGGAAGUUGCUGGAAAUCCUGCAAUAUCUUCUCACCUUCACAAAUUCCAUGGUAUCGUGAAUGGUAUAGAUCCAGAUAUCUGGGACCCAUACAAUGAUCACUUUAUCCCGGUGCCUUACACACCAGAGAAUGUUGUUGAGGGUAAGAAGGCUGCUAAAGAGGCAUUGCAGCAAAGACUUGGAUUGAGAAGAUCUGAUCAUCCUUUGGUAGGGAUAAUUACCCGCCUGACAGUUCAGAAGGGAAUUCACCUCAUCAAACAUGCUGUUGGGCAAACACUUGAGCGCAAUGGGCAGGUCGUUCUGCUUGGUUCAGCUCCGGAUUCUCGUAUACAGAAUGAUUUUGCUCACUUGGCAGAUCAGUUGCACUCUUCCCAUGCUGGCCGUGUCCGUUUUUGCUUGACCUAUGAUGAACCUCUUUCUCAUCUGAUUUAUGCUGGUGCAGACUUCAUUCUUGUUCCAUCACUUUUUGAACCAUGUGGCUUAACCCAACUUAUAGCUAUGAGAUACGGCUCCAUUCCGGUUGUUCGUAGAACUGGAGGGCUUUAUGACACAGUCUUUGACAUUGACAAUGAUAAAGAAAGAGCUCGUGCGCAAGGUCUUGAACCAAAUGGGUUUAGCUUCGAGGGAGCUGAUCCUUCUGGCGUGGACUAUGCUCUCAACAGAGCAAUCUCUGCUUGGUUUGAUGCACGGGAAUGGUUCAACUCACUAUGCAAGCGCGUGAUGGAACAAGACUGGUCUUGGAAUCGGCCUGCUUUAGACUAUAUGGAGCUAUACCAUUCGGCACGGAAGUAAAACUUGAUAGUAAGGGGAGAGAAUUUUUGUGCACUACUUUUAAAAUCUUUGUACAGUCUUGGUCUAUCAUUCCUUGUGUUUGCUAGUUCUGUAUUCUUAAAGAUAAGAGUCAGUGUCCAUUCUAGGCUCAAAUCAAGUUGUUAUUUAUGCAAUUCUUAGAGUCAAGUUUAACAUGUCUCUUCAUUUGAUGCAUUUUGAGUCUUUGCAAUAAUAUGACAUUAAAAUAU